UAGGUCUCCGAACCCCCCGAGUUUGACUUUCUGGUCGUAUAUCCUCUUUGCACGUGUGCAGCCACUACAAGAACUGCCAGCCAAUAAUCAUAGAGCCCGCAAGCUGAUCAAGGGCCAUUUUUUGGCCGGUGUUUUGAUUGCUGGCAAUCCCUACAUCCAUCUCGUGAUAUGCCGUUCAUCAUGACCAGUCUAUGACACUGUGGCUCUUGGUAUUCGCUGCAGUCGUUCAGUUGAAUUCUAGUGUACAACUCCCCACCCUCUUAAGCCAUUGCCCUCUAGGACUUCUUGAUUGCUCCACCUUCGUGAAAUCAAGAUCUGACUAGCCUAUUAAAAUCAUCAUGAACCGUCGAGACAGCUUUGCAAAGCGCGAUCCAGCGGCCACCCACGCCUGGCUCAUCGGCGGCGGGAUCGCUUCUCUUUCCGCAGCGGUGCAUCUUAUCCAUGACGCGAAUGUUUCAGCUGGGAAUAUCCAUAUCCUUGAUGUUCACUCUCACGCAGGCGGCGCUAUCCAAAGCUACGGUAAUGCAGAGGAUGGCUACAUCCUGUACACUGGAAGCCUGCCCUACUUUCAUGAUCGAUGUGUAGAGCAACUUCUUGCUCUGGUCCCAGAUGCCGAGAACCCACAGAAAUCACUUCUGCAAUCUAUCAAAGAGUUUGACCGGGAAUCUGUCCCGAAAAAAUCAGCAACGACCCGUCUCGUGAGGCAAGGCAAGCAUGGCCCAGAGCUGGCUCACACCAAAAGCCUGCAAAUUGGGCCCCGAUAUCGGUUGGAGCUGAUUAAAGUGAUGCUUGAAAAUGAACGGACCCUUGGGGAGAAGAGCAUUCGGGAAAUCUUCGAUGAAGGUUUCUUCAAGACCAACUUCUGGACAUUGUGGUCCACAACCUUUGCUCUGCAGCCAUGGCACAGUGCUGUGGAGUUCCGGAGAUGCCUCUGCAAGCACCUGGCUGACAUCGAACGCCUCAAUGAUCUGAAGGCUCUGGAUCGAACCAAAUAUACGAUCUACGAGUCUAUCAUUCUUCCGAUUGAGUCAUAUCUGAAACAAGCCGGGGUCGACUUUCAUUUUCAUGCCAAGGUUACCAACCUCCAAAUGGACGCGAGGGAAGCCCAAACCACCGUCUCGCAGAUCUUCCUGAAGGACAACGGGAAAGAUAAGACGAUCGAGGUACGACCGGAGGAUAUUGUCAUCGUGACACUUGGAUCAACAAACUCGGGCGCCCAGAGAGGCUCGAAUCAUAACCCUCCAACACCUCCUGUGGAGGUUAAGAACGGCGACUGGUCACUGUGGAUAGAGUUGAUGCAAACCUCAUCGGAAUUUGGAAACCCAUUCAACUUCCACCGGAAUAUCGAACAGGCAGCCUUGGAGAAUUUCACCGUCACCCUCCACAACUCCGACUUUAUGCAGCGUUACGAGAAAUUGACCAAUGACAAGCCUGGUGCUGGAGCUCUGCUUUCCUUCCCUGAUAGCAACUGGGGGCUCAGUCUUAGCGUUCCCCGUCAGCCCGUAUGCUCCAAUCAGCCGCCCGCCGUCGACGUAUUCUGGGGCUAUGGGCUGCAUCCGGAGAAGAUUGGAAACUUUGUUGGCAAGCCAAUGUCUGCCUGUUCGGGCAAGGAGAUUAUGAGCGAGAUGCUUGCCCAUCUGGGAUUCCCACCGGAAGACAUUCUCGCGAAUUCAAUCACGAUUCCCGUUUUGUUGCCCCUGGCUACAGCGCCACUGAUGACUCGGGCUCAUGACCACCGCCCCGAAGUCAUUCCCUUCCAAAGCAGAAACUUGGCAUUCGUGGGGCAGUAUGUUGAGAUCCCAGAUGAUACGACUCUUAGCAUGGAAUACAGCGUCCGCGGAGCUCAGACGGCCGUGUUUUCUCUCAUGAAGCUCCCGAAGCAUCCGCCAAAGAUUGAACGACAUCUCCUUUUGAAUGUAUUUGAUUUGCUGGGAGGUGCUUAGCUCUACCAUGUAUCUUUUGUGGUGGUGAUUUAUUUCCUUGAUCCAACAGCUGGAGUCACUCCUUCAAGUUUCUUGAGUUAUGCACAACAGCAUAACAAGUCUUGUUUCUUCUCUGCGUGUCAUGGUAGUAUGUUUCUAACACCUUUAAUCUAAUGUGUUACUGCAGAAAAAAUGAUCACAUGGAUCAACAAUUGUCAGGCUUUCCAAACUGCCGUGUCUAUCGUAUCAUCACAUUUGUACCUCAAGGAGCCUCAGAUUGAUGAAUACCACUCUUUUCGUUCUAUAUAUCA